AUGUUACGUCGGCCACUCCUUCAGAUUCGAUUAUACUGUGGGAAGGCGCACCCAACGCAAAUAUUCGAUUUCAUACCAGCAAAGAGUUCCGAUUUGGCUGAUAUCGUCGAUUUAUGUACGAAAAGCUUUAUGCACGAGGAACCUCAUUCGAAGGCGCUAGGCACGAAGCCUGAAACCAUGAGACCACUUUUUGAAUAUUUAGCAGCAAGAUCUUUACAUCAUCCAUAUUCUUAUCGGAUACACGAAAAAGGAACGAAAAAUCUGAUUGGUUUUCGACUUCUUUCCGUUGGACACAGAGAUCAUAGCCUUGAUGUGGAACCAAUCCCAUUCAUCGAGCCAAGUGAUCCAUCUGUAAAGCGACUUUGUGAGUUGAUGAUGAUUUUCAUCUGCUUGGAGCAUGGGCAAGGAAAUAUUUUCGGCGAGAUCCUGGACGAGUCAAAGCAAGCAUUUUGGAAGGUUGCUGAUCAGUCCAUACACAAAGUCCUGCGGCGUGAGAUUACUCAUGUAGUGCCGAAACAUCAGCGAAAAGGAAUUGCAAAUUAUUUACUACAUCUUGGAUUAGAUUUUAACCAAUUGAAGAAAGAAGGAUUUCAAGGCAUUGUGUCCGAGGCAACAUCGCUAGCCAACCAGAAGUUGCUGAUGAAGCAUGGCUAUGAAUGCGUUUACAAACCUCAAUAUGAUUUGCACAUGCACGAUGGCACAGAGAGAGUACUGGUGUUUUUCAAGGAUCUUCGAUAA